CCAGAAUCGCCCUUUUUCGCGUCCUUCGUGCGUCGUGUAGAGUAGAUGAUGGCCGUCUGUGUGUUUCGUUCCGCGUGGGGUAGCCUCCUCCUCACCCUUGUGCUCCUCGCCUCCCAGGGACACGCCGAAAGUAAGUCGUCAACACCUGGCACGCCGCGCGCCGCUGAAAGACGCUCACGUCGCUGAGACACCGUCAUCCAGCGUUGUUUUGUGUGCGUCCCUGUGUGCGUCUCACGUGCAGGUGCCGUGUCGUCAACUGCCCUCCGGCGUGUGAGACGUGAGGCUGAGCUCGCCCCCUCCCCCGGCCUCACGUCUGCCAAUGUGACCGUCCCGGGGCGGCGACUGGGCAUGUGGUGGAUGGAUCCCAUGGCGGUGGAGAAGGAUGGCACGGCAGGGUGUGAGGCCGAGUGGACUGCCCUGGGCGGCAAGUGCUACCGCGUCAACCUCGAUAAGAUCACCUGGGAGGAGCAUCGCCGGGAGUGCCAGGCACACGGGGGAGACCUCGCAAUGCCCAAACGAGGCCACGUGAGUGAGUCAAGGAAGGAGAGGAAAGGGGCAAGGGCCGGCUGGGGUGGUUGGUGGGGUCGGCCACUGAUGUGUUGCCUGUGGUGUCUUGUUGUCUUGUAUUGUGCUGUGAUGUGCUGUGAUGCGGCUGGUGGAUGUAGGCGGAUCUGGCGGUGUACCAGCGACUGGUGCUCAACAUCCCUUCAUACGAGGAGGAAGAUCCCCGCCACGACCCGUCCGACCAAGUCUUCUGCGUCGGCGUCCGGAUGAAACCGGUACGUCCGUGCGACCCUCAGCCUGACAUGUCACACCUCCCACAGCCAGCCAGCCAGCCAUAUAUCCAUUCGUCAUCCAGUCACCGAUCCCUUUCUGUCUGUUUGUGUAUGGGUGUGCACGGCAUGGGGCCCCCCCAUUGCUGAUUGGUGUUCUUUUGGCAGGACCGCGUAGAGGGCUGUCCCGAUCUUGACUGCGGCAAUGAGAACUUCACAAAUCCUGGCAAUGAUAGCCGAAAGCUGGACUCAUGGGAGUUUGCCGACGGCAGUGGCGAGGCGCCCUAUCUCUUCGGGCUUACCUGGUGGUACAACCACUGGGUGCGGCAGCCAGGUCAGAACCCAUCCACGAAAUAAGCUCAUACGAUCCCUCGCUGGCUGGUUGACAACCUGUUUUCCCAGACAAUUACUUCCCUGGCCAGCGGUGCUCCAAGUACGCCGCCUAUAAGCUUCCCCUGAGCCACGGCCUACUCCCGGACAAGGGCGUCCUCAUGGACACCGAAUGCAAUCAGUGGGGAUUCAGAGGCAUCUGCGAGAAGGAACCAGGUACGUACAGUGCGCAGGAAGCAACAGGGGGCUGACACGCACGCACAGCAAACAGCUCUAUGGGUUUACGACCCCGGUCUCUUGUUCUCCUUCUGCUGUGCUGCCAUGCUGGAACAUGACUGCAGAGGGCUCCGUUGGUGACGGUAAUGGUGGCGGGAGCGGCGGGGAGUCGGAGGAUCAGUGGAGGGACGACACCAAGGCGGUACCUGCACCCCCACCCCCACCCCCGGACACCAACUGGUGGUGAGAGCCCGGCCCAUCUGGAUGGAUGGCCUGCCUACAUACCUCACCCACCGACCAGCACAUGAGCUAGCCCAAGCUAAAGUCUGCUUGCGGCCGCUACAAUGCAUGCAGACAUGGGCUAGCCAGAGCAACGUACGUAUUACUAGGGACCGGGGCCUUCUAUUCGGUCAGGUUUGUUUUUCUUUUCCCUUUCCCGAAUCAUGUGUGCAAGUCUUUAGCUCGUGAUGCAUACAUACGAUGAUAAAUAGCAUAGGUACGUACGGACAUGGGAUGCAUAGUGGGCCCGGUCAUCGCCUUCUGCUGUACACAAGCGCACUCACCGCCAAGUUUUCCUCAAUUAAUGGAUAGAUGGAUGGACUGUCCGGGGGCCAUCUGGUCUGUUCGGGCUGCUUUUUCCUCUCCCCUGAAGGAGGGAGGGGGCUGCACGUAAGCUUCGGCGCUUUGUUCUUGCGUGUGUGUAGAAGUGUUAUCUUUUUGCUUUGUGUAUGUAAGUACGUGUCCCACCACACACAAUGGGUGAAGAGGGGAGGUCACUGUCUGCCUCUAUCUCUUUGGGCAUUCGUUGAUUUUUUUCUUCAUCAGCCCGGUCGACGACACACAACGGCCAUCAGUCUGUCAGCACACCGACUGUGCGGCUCCCUCCUCUCCUUUUCUUGCUGGUGUGUGUGGCCAAGUGAGACACCGAGCGGCCGGGCGAUUGGGAUCGUAGCGAUGCGCACGUGUGUGUGACGUACGUGCGUUGAUUGUGAUAGAAAGGCAGGGCCGGCAGUGUUUUGCCGGCCAGCCCCCCUCAGGUGAAAUAAUCUCAGUUGGUGUGGUACUCGUGAGUGCGGGAGCGAUUCGCAUUAGUGUCGGCCUGUCUGACUGAGUGCAUCGCAGCGACGCCCUCGACAGACGAAGGGAAUUUUGG